GGAGGAGGUGCUUGGGGCCCCUCUUCUGCUCCUCCUUCCCCCUUUGCUUGCGGCCUCCCAGAGGUCGGCCCAUCUCCUGUGGCCUCCGUGAAAUGUGGAUGACGCCCAAGAGGAGCAAAAUGGAAAUCGACGAGUCUCGGGCGUUCCGGGCCGAGUGGACCCAGCGGUACCUGGUGGUGGAGCCUCCGGAGGGCGAGGGCGCCCUGUGCCUGGUCUGUCGCCGCCUGGUCGCAGCAGCGGGCGAACCCGACGUCAAGCAGCACUACGAGGCCGAGCACGAGUACUACGAGCGGUAUGUAGCGGAGGACGAGCGCGCGGCGCUGGUGGAGCGUCUGCGUCGGGGCGACUUGCCGGAGGCCGCCCCGCUCACUCCGGAGCAGAGAAUAGCUCGUGCAGGCCUGGGACUCGCCCGCCUCUUGGCCUUGAAGGGUUGCGGCUGGGGCGAGGGGGACUUUGUGCACCGGUGCAUGGCGGUGAUGCUGAGAGACGUGCUGCCCGACCACGUAGGCGUUAUGGAUGGCAUCGAUUUAUCUCCAGAGACCACGCGGCAGAGGGUCCUGGACAUUCACCAGAAUCUACGCAGUCAACUUUUUAACCGAGCCAAGGACUUUAAAGCCUAUUCCCUUGCCUUGGACGACCAAGCUUUUGUGGCGUAUGAGAACUACCUGCUGGUCUUUGUCCGCGGCGUCGGCCACGAUUUGGAAGUGCACGAAGAGCUUCUGACCAUAAUCAACUUGACUCAUCACUUCAGUGUUGGCGCCCUCAUGGCGGCAAUCCUUGAGGCCCUGCAGACGGCCGGGCUUAGCCUGCAGCGCAUGGUUGGACUGACCACGACCCACACUCUGAGGAUGAUUGGUGAGAACUCAGGACUGGUGUCAUACAUGAGAGAAAAGGCUGUAAGCCCCAACUGUUGGAAUGUGAUCCACUAUUCGGGAUUUCUUCACUUGGAACUGUUGAGCUCCUACGAUGUGGAUGUUAAUCAGAUCAUAAAUGCCGUAUCUGAAUGGAUAGUUUUGAUUAAGACCAGAGGCGUGAGGCGGCCGGAAUUUCAGGCUUUACUGACUGAAUCUGAAUCAGAGCACGGUGAAAGGGUUAACGGACGCUGUCUAAACAACUGGCUUAGGAAAGGGAAGACUUUGAAACUAAUAUUUUCCUUAAGAAAAGAGAUAGAAACAUUCUUGGUCUCGAUAGGAGCCACGACGGUCCAUUUCACAGACAAGGAAUGGCUCUGUGACUUCGGCUUCCUGGUGGAUAUUAUGGACCACCUUGGAGAAAUCAGCGAACUACUGAGAGUGAACAAAGUCUUCGCUGCCGCCGCCUUUGACCAUAUCUGUGCCUUUGAGGUGAAGCUGAAUUUACUUCAGAGACAAGUCGAAGAAAAAAAUCUGACCCAUUUCGCUGCCUUGAGCCAAGUGGUUGAUGAGCUUAAAGAGAAUCUUCAAGAAGAUGAAAAAAUACUCGAUCUUGAGAGGUAUCGAGGGGUGAUCUGUCGCCUACAGAAAGAGUUUGAGCGACAUUUCAAGGACCUCAAGUUCAUUAAGAAGGACUUAGAGCUUUUUGCUAAUCCAUUUAGCUUUAAACCUGAAUAUGCACCUAUUUCAGUAAGGGUGGAACUCACAAAACUUCAGGCAAGUGCUAACCUUUGGGAGGAAUACAGAACCAAAGAUUUAGGGCAGUUCUAUGCUGGACUGUCUGCGGAAUCUUACCCGAUUAUCAAAGGGGUUGCCUGUAAGGUGGCAUCCUUGUUUGAUAGCAGCAAAAUCUGUGAAAAAGCUUUUUCAUAUUUGACUCGAAACCAACACACUUUGAGCCAGCCUUUGACAGACGAACACCUCCACGCCCUGUUUCGGAUUGCCACCACUGAAAUAGAGCCGCGCUGGGAUGAUCUUGUGAGAGGAAGAAAUGAAUCCAAUCCAUAAACUGUUGUAGUACAACAUUGAAAUACUCAACAAGAAUCCAAUUCUGAAAGCAAACAUCUGUUUGAUUUUCAAGUGUGCUAAUUUGGAUUGUGGGAAGGCAUCACGUUCUUCAUCAAAAUUGAUCACAAUUGACACGCUUUAGACAGAUUUUUUUUCUUUUUCCCAUCUCGAGGCAGCGUGGGACUGACACCUGCAGAUACCUUUUUUUUCUAAAACUGAAUUUCAUGGCAAAGUCAUUAUCUUUUGGUUUUAUUAUAUAAUUGUUUUUU